AUGAAUAGUUUGUACAAUACUGCUGCUAAUGAACAGUGGGAAACAACUGUAAUGAAGUCAAACAGUAUGGCCAGUGGUGAUGGUGGUGGCAAUGUGGAUAUCAGAUCGUCUGAUGAUGCAUUACCUUCCAAGUUGGCGUGUCUAGAUCCUCAGCUAGUGUACAUAUUAGCAGCCCAGCGUAUACGUGAUCUCUUCGGUAUCAACUGUACUGAUGCAAUUGAUGGUUUAAAAAUGAUAUGUAAUUCCUAUGUGCCCUCAACAACACCCGACACUAAAGAUCUUGACAAUAUCAACGCUGACAGUAAUCAAAAAAUGAAUAUGAUCAUGAUGAAUAGAAAAAGGCGGACUUCUUCGAAAAUUUCAGAAAGUUGUAUACGUGCUAGAGCCAUCCUAUCACCAUGUUAUGGAACUAACGGGAAUGAAAUUCAAAUGCGCUAUAGACAGUUAACUAUUGGUACAUCUCCAGACUGUCAUCUAUGUCUAGUCAAUUAUAAUUUAUCGUCUGUAUCAUUACCAAUUGACAAUGAAUGUCGUUUUAUCUCUCCACAUCAUGCUACAAUCUUCUAUGAUGAUUGGACUAAACAUUAUGAAUUGAUUAAUUAUAGUGAAUAUGGUACACGUGUCGAUGGAAUUAUCUAUGGAAAUGAUAUUGAAAGAAAGCCGAUUUAUAUACCUGAGUCAUCAAAUCUGGUUCGUCGAGUACGCAAUCUUUUAAAAAAUGCUCCAGAUGAAUUAUUGCCUAAUCAGCAAAUGCCAUCUGUAUCAGGACUUUGUUCUUCACCUCCUAAACGUGUAAUGAUGUUGAGUAAACGUCAUGAGCAUAUAUCCCACAUAACAUCUUUAUGUGAAUGUACAAGUGUAUGUCUUGGCGUUGGUACUAAACUUCAUCCUACUACUACUUCUAUUGAUGACGACGACGAUGAUGAUGAAUGUCAUGAUGGGAAUCCUCCCCAGAAUAAUACUGUUGAUCGUUAUCAUCAGACGACAACAAAAACAACAGCAGAGAUGAUAUCCGGUUGGGAAGGUCCAGCUAUCCUAAGACAUGGAUCAGUCAUUCAAUUCGGUUGUUAUAAAUUUGUCUUUGGUCUAAUCGAUCUUGCUUUACCACCGCAUCCUCCGUCGAAUAAUCUUGACUCGUCUUUAUUACCAAUUGGAGGAACAACCACAAAUGCUACUACAAUUACUGAAGAUUCAGUCGUGGUUUCAACACAGACUAUACCACCCAACUUCUUGAUAAGUCAUUACGAGAAUCGAAAGUUGUGUUAA